GAAGACGCGACCGGAAAAACAAAAGCACGCUGAUGUGACCUAUGGAUGUGACGAGAAACAGACUGAAAAUAUAAAUACAGUAAACUUUGCGUGGACAGACGUCACCGGUGAGGGAGUUCAACUCGUAAAACUUGAAAUUAUGACGUCGAUCACUCGCUCCGCUUGAAGGACAUGUAUCGACUUGUCCCGCUCAUCACGUCGGUGUCCAGACGGCUCUUAUGGAGGAGGGGGGGUUGUCCCGGUGUCCCCCCUCCUCUGAACCCGCUCCCUGGACUCACAUGGGUGUCUGCGGCCGGUAAGAAGGACCUGGUGGACCUGCCUGUCCUGGACGAAGACGAGCUGGAGGAGCAGUUCGUGAGAGGAUCCGGUCCCGGAGGACAAGCCACCAACAAGACCAGCAACUGUGUGGUCCUCAAACACGUCCCCACCGGGAUCGUGGUGAAGUGCCAUCAAACCAGAUCUGUGGAAAUAAAUCGAAAGCGUGCCCGUGGAAUCAUGAGAGAGAAACUUGAUGUUGCAUAUAAAGGAGAACUUAGCGAACUGCUUGUAAAGAAGAAGGAGUCGGUGCAUAAGAAACAAGAGAAGAAGAAGAAAGCACAUGAGAAUCUGGAGAGGAAAAGACUGUUUAAAGAAGCGCUGGUUACAGAAUCCACACAUGAAUAAGAUAUUUAUUUGUAGAAUAUAAGAAGACAUGAGUCCGUAAAUGUAUCAAUAUAUUUUGUUGCUGUAAAGACUGACAAACAAAACCAAGACAGGUAAUGUCAAGGGUAUCCCAUCAAAUAAGCCUUUUAUUUCUAGCAUCUUUCAUACAAAGCUAAGGAUAGAGAAUUUAAAAAUCGAAAUAAAGUUGUUUACAAUAAAAAAGUUGGUGAUGUGUAGUGCAUCUUUUGAUAUUGAAAGGAUGUUUCCCAAAUGAAUAUUUCGUGCUCUAGCUACAGAAUACAACGUUCACCUGUAGGUGUGGUUUGAUUCAGGCAUAAUUUCCCCCUCAUCUAUUUCUAGUUAAUUCAAUGAGUUUCAAGAGUCAACUCUGACACACUACACAUUGUUAUAUGACACCGUGGGCUCAUUUUGUUUGGUUGAAUUUGCUGUACAACAUUUUACCCAGUUCAUCGCAAGAUGUCAGCAAAAUGUGAUUGGCUAAAUACAGAGAAGACUUGAGGUGAAGCCA